AUGAAUUUUCAAAGAAGUCGUUUGUACAGAGAUGUAGUCUUAUCAUUGUUUGUUCUGCUAUUUGUUAUAAUCCUGAGUGAUAUUUAUAUACUAAAAUCAAGCACCUCUCCAUGGAGAACGUACACACGAUUUCAUGAUAGUCGAUCAAGACAGUUAUCAAUAUUUCCAUACGAUCUGGACAGAAUCGGUGACCAAAAAUUUAAAACGAGGGAAGAGAAGGAAGCAUAUGAAUAUUUGCUGAACAUGGUAGAAACAAAAAUGUUGAACGAUGAAAAAAAACGUCGCUCGCGUGAUGUCUCAAGGGCUUACUCCAUGCCAUAUAGAUUUGAUGAAGAAGAUGUUGACAGGAAAUUAUCCAAAAAGGAAUUAAAGAGACUUAUGAGAUCCUUUGGUCCACUAAUAUCUGAGCAUGAUAUGUAUACUACUUUUUAUUAUUAUCACGAUUAUUUACAACGUCGUUUCGCUCAGAUGUUAGUUAAGUUAGAAAAGCUGACCUAUGAGUUAGGCUCGAAACGUACGAUACCCGAUGAAGAUUUAAAUGUGCUGUGGCUGGACUGCAAAAGGAAGUUGAGCAGAUUUCUGUGGGUUUUGAAUCAUCAGGCCCUAAAAAUAUUUUUUGAGUUUGCUAGGGAUGCUCCCUUUGAAGAUACGGCAAGGUUUAAAAAAUUCAUGUCCAAUUUUGUUAAUAAGUGGAAAAAGCAUACACGCGAAAAAAGCAAAAAGUGGGUAGGGGAUAUGACCAAAGAGAUAAAAAAAUAUAAAAGGCGUAGCUUGUUUCAGUGGUGA